CACCGCCCGCUCGCCCGUCCUCCCCGCUACGCGACUGCGAACACCGCGCGCCGCGUCCGUCCGCGUCAUUGAACAACAAGACUCGCUCGAUGGCAGGCGUCUUUCUGCCAAUAUGAAAAAAGGAGUUAAGAAACUCCAUCACAAAACACGCGAUAGUGGAAUUUAUAUGUUAUUCUUAAUUAAUAAAUAAUUUUAUUUUUAUAGUGUUAAUGCCUUGAAUAACAUAUUUUUAUUUAUUAGUGAAUGAUAGUUAAUUAUUGUAAAUGCGCUAAUAUCUCUAUAGUGCUCUGUGAUUGUUUUGUUUAAAAUAUUUACAGCUUCAACAAAACAAAAUAUGCAAAUGUCAGUGACUGUGUAGUGUAAUUAUCAAACAUAACAUUAAAUGUUCGUGAUCGAUUCACUUAUUUGUGUCUCGAUUGUUGUGCCAUCGUAUUUGGAUUUUUAUGCACAUCACUAACUGUCAUCCAUAGGUGGAAAACCUACAAGAAUUGUGGACGACACUGUUUCAAAUAUGUGUUGUGAUUUGCAGAUGCUCUCGGUACAAGUGCCGGGGUGCGCGGGCAUGGAGCGGCUGGGCGCGCCGGGGGGACCGCGCCUACGGCACGAUCACAGACAUCACCAUUCCACAUUGGAAUGGGAGAAGCAGCAGAGACUGCAGGCGAUGGUGGGGCGGCUGCAAGAGAUGGUGGAGCAGGAGACGCGCGCGCGCUCCGCCGCGGCCGCCGAGCGCCUCGGCCUGCCGCCCAGCAUACAGCUGCCCGACGGCGAGUACGGCCAGGACGUGCAUCUGCAGCUACGAGUCCCUUACCAGCAAGCCGAGCUGACGAGAAGCAGCUUCCAGCCUCCCCCGAACAAGUGCGUGAGCGACGUGCCCGAGUGGGCGGGCGGCGCGGAGGCGUCGCUGGCGCGGCGCAAGAAGGACGGGCUGCUGCAGAAGGCCACGCGCUGGUGGGUGCGCAUGGGCGCGCGGCCGGCGCCGUGCCUGCCCGCCGCGCCGCCCGCCGCGCCGCCGCCCUGCGUCAUGGUGCCGCGCCGCGCCGCGCCCGAGCCGCCGCCCGACGCGUGACCGCCGCGCCAGCCGUCCGGAGACCAUAUCACGCUUACAUUCCAUUAUCGGGACGGUCGGACGAGCCGCGGUGCACGCGCGUCCCGGAGUAUUAUAGACUUGGUAUUUAUUUAUUCGGGAGCGGCGGGCGGCGGCGGCGGUGCCGGUGGCUCGCCCGCCGCGCCGAGCGCCGUCUAAGAGUUUCGCGAAAACUAAGACUGAGAUAAAGUAAAAAGAUAUAACGUUAUAAAGUCUACGUUGAAGUAUGUUGUCUUAGGUGAAAUUGAUUCAGAUAGAAACGAUUAAAGGUAUAUUAUAAUAUUUAAUGAAUCUUUCGACGGCCGCCCUCGAUGAUAUCGUGUAUUAGCCGAGGGCCCGUCGACGGUGAGCUGAAGUCUUGCAGUGUACAGUUUCAUGUUUAAGUGACCUAUUUUAAAGUUUAAUUUCUAUCCAGCAGCUAUAACUCUGUGUUUAAACAACUUUUAUAUUUAUUUAUAAUUGUAUGUAAAGGAUGCAUAUCAGUACAGUAAACGCAAGGAAUAUUAAUUUACGUUGCAUAGUUACUAUUUUAUUGUAAAUAUUGUCUCUAAUUUAAUAUUAUUAGAUUAAUUAUUAUGGCCGAACGCCAGAACCCGGGGGUCUUUUCAAUUGAGUGUUUGCUACAUUCCAUAUUUAUGUUGAAAUAUUUUCGAUAAUACUUACUGUACUAGUUGCUUCCACCUGUCUACCUUAGUCCUUGUAUGUCUGUGUCCAGUGUCACGAUGCCUGCUGGGGCGCCUGUGUCGAUACCUAGUCAUGCUGACAAUAAUUGACAAUCGAUUAGUGACUGAUAAUUAAAAUGCAGAUGAAUAGAAAUCUCAUUAGAAAAUAGACAUAAAAAGAAAAAUAUUGAAUUCUUUAGUUAUAAAUUAGCUGUUUAUUAUUUAUAUUAUUCGGUCGGCAGAACAAGUCCUUGCAUGUUAUAGUGGCACAGACAGAGUCAGUUUGUGCUGUAUGACAAGUUGCGCUACCUUGCUUAUUAGACUUUGCUUUGCCGGCCAUCACAGAAGUGUCACCAUAGUCAUUAUAACUAUGUUUGCAUCCAUGAUAUCAUCAACGGAUCUAGUUGAAUAGUGUUUUGUCAUACCCAUUGUUUUCACACACAUGCAAUCAAACACCGUUUGUCUUAGUCCAUUUAUAAUAAAGGCGCUCGCCUAAUCAUCUAUACUUUAUUCAAUAGGUUGCAGUGAACACUUGUAUUUUUCCUGUACAUAAUUAAUAUAGGUCAAAAAGUGUUUUGAUUUUAAUACAAUUACGGGUCUUAAGCCUAACACUUGCCGUUAGUAAGCUACAAUGCUGGAGUAUUUUACAAUAAAAUGGCGCAAUAGAUGUAACUUCUUUUAACUGUUAUAAAUAACGCAAUUUUCACAAGCUUCCGAGGUUCGUUCAAUCAUGUGACUCCUGAAGAUAUUAUAUUUAUUUAGAUGUAUUCUAGUCGCUACCACGCGUAGUUUGAUUCUAUCCCAAAAAUGUUGUAUAACUUAUUUAUGAAAGCUUGAGAAUGUCCAUGUAUUUAUAACGUUGUCUGGAAUGGUAUGCAGCACAAUACAAACAAAGGAAAUACAUUGAAAUGUGCCCUAUUUUCCAAAUAGCUAUAACAUAAGUACGUUGUUGUUACUUAAGAGAUAGUGUAGUGCAUUAUUAUCGCGAGUGUGUACGUGUGCGUUGUCUCGUUACGUAUUGUAUGUGUGGAGCGAAACAAUCCUUUGUCUGUAUCCUUAGUAAAAUGGCACAAAAGUUUGCGCAUUUUAUUGAAUUUAUUACAUUGACAGCAUUGGAGUGCUAUACGCGGCCAUUUUUACGGACUGAACCAUAAUAUAAUGUUCAAAAUGUUAAACAAAUAAGUAAUUAUAAUUACUUGAAGCUGAUUUGUUUUGUAUAUUUAUUGUUUGUCUUCGAUGUUUUAAUAUGGCGAUUGAUAAAAAUAGUUCAUUGAAAGACAAUUUAGUAUUUAUUUUAAACUUUUUGUAUAUACUUAAUAUAAAUAUAUAACAAACUAUUGUUGUGGCCUACACCUUAAAAUAGAGUGCGUAUGUUCAGCAUACAAAUGUUAACGUUGAAACAUGUGCAUUAAUCGAAUCUCUCGAGUUCUUACUGCUUAUGAGAGACAUUGAACAUCCCUAAAUGAUCGAGUUGUACAGUAUUCUGCAUAACAGGACAAAAAUAUAGGAAUUAAUUUUCGGAUUUCUAUAUUUUUGUUUUAUAUUUUACGGUCACAAGUAUUGUAAUACAUAACGCAGCUUAUCAUUUUAUUAAGUCCCGCCAUGUCUUUUCGUUGCCUUAAAAUUAUAAUUAGUGUCGAAAGCGCUAUUUUAGCAAUCGUUGUACAAAAUGCUGAUGGAAAUAUAAAAGUUGUUUAAAAUAGUCUCACAGAAUAGAUAUUUAAUCUAGAUAUCAAACAAUAUUCCAUUUGUCAUAUUAAUAAGUAAAAGCAGAAGCAAAUGUUUAAUGAUAAAAGAAAACUGCAUUAAAUUAUGACCUACCAAUAAUGA